CGGAGGCGACUCAGACCCGCCCCCACCCCCCGGCGUCCCCAGCGCGCCGGCCCGCACCGAGUGCGCGUGCGCAGCGGUUGCCUUGGCGACCGGGCAAGCGUUGGGCUGUAAAGACUAGGGCGCCAGCGGCUGGCGAAGAAGGAAAGAGGGGAGUCUCUGGCUGGGCUGGGGCCGUAGCGACGUCCGCCGCGAACCUGGGCCCCCCAAAGCUGCGGGGCGUUCGGUGUCGCCGAAGUAAACAUGCACCCUGAGCCCUCGGAGCCUGCGGCAGGUGGUGCAGCAGAGCUGGAUUGCGCGCAGGAGCCCGGCGUGGAGGAGUCUGCGGGUGACCACGGGAGCGCAGGCCGAGGGGGCUGCAAGGAAGAAAUUAAUGAUCCUAAGGAAAUAUGUGUGGGUUCUUCUGACACAUCCUACCACAGCCAGCAGAAACAGAGUGGUGAUAAUGGGUCAGGUGGUCACUUCGCACACCCAAGAGAAGACAGGGAAGAUCGGGGCCCCAGAAUGACUAAAAGUUCCCUGCAAAAACUCUGCAAGCAGCACAAGCUUUAUAUUACCCCAGCAUUGAAUGAUACGCUGUAUUUACACUAUAAAGGUUUUGAUCGCAUUGAAAACCUGGAAGAGUACACAGGGCUGCGCUGUCUCUGGCUGCAGAGCAAUGGAAUACAGAAAAUCGAAAACCUGGAGGCCCAAACUGAGUUGCGUUGCCUCUUCUUGCAAAUGAACUUGCUCCAUAAAAUUGAGAACCUGGAACCUCUGCAGAAACUGGAUGCUCUUAACCUCAGCAACAAUUACAUCAAGACCAUUGAAAACCUCUCCUGCCUCCCAGUCCUGAACACAUUGCAGAUGGCCCACAAUCACCUGGAGACCGUGGAGGACAUUCAGCAUCUACAAGAGUGUUUGAGGCUUUGUGUCCUUGACCUUUCGCACAACAAGCUGAGCGACCCGGAGAUCCUGAGCAUUCUGGAAAGCAUGCCCGAUUUGCGUGUACUGAAUUUGACAGGAAACCCGGUUAUCAGACACAUUCCUAAUUACAGAAGGACAGUCACUGUACGACUAAAGCACUUAACAUACCUGGAUGAUAGACCAGUGUUUCCAAAGGACAGAGCUUGUGCGGAGGCCUGGGCUAGGGGAGGGUACGCAGCUGAAAAGGAGGAGAGACAGCAGUGGGAGAGCAGGGAGCGGAAGAAGAUCACGGACAGCAUUGAAGCCUUGGCCAUGAUCAAGCAGCGGGCGGAGGAGAGGAAAAGACAGAGAGAGAGUCAAGAGAGAGGGGAGAUGACAUCUUCAGAUGAUGGUGAGAAUGUGCCCGUCAGUGCGGAAGGCAAGGAGGAGCCUCCCGGGGACAGAGAAACAAGGCAGAAGAUGGAGCUAUUUGUUAAGGAAAGCUUUGAGGCUAAGGACGAGCUCUGCCCGGAAAAGCCAAGUGGAGAGGAGCCGCCUGUGGAGGCUCAAGGAGAGGAUGGAGGUCGAGAGCCAGAGGGGACCCUCCCAGCUGAGACCCCACCACCCCCGCCACCUGUGGAGGUUAAAGGAGAGGACGGAGAUCAAGAGCCAGAGGUGACCCUCCCAGCUGAGACCCUGCUACUGUCACUGCCUGUGAAGGUUAAAGGAGAGGAUGGAGAUCGAGAGCCAGAGGGGACCCUCCCAGCUGAGGCCCCACCACCCCCGCCCCGGGGAGCUGCCAGGGAAGAGCCGACUCCCCAGGCUGUGGCCACUGAGGGUGUAUUCGUUACAGAACUUGAUGGAACGAGAACGGAAGAUUUAGAAACCAUUAGACUGGAGACAAAGGAGACAUUUUGCAUUGAUGACCUACCUGACUUGGAAGAAGAUGAUGAAACAGGCAAAUCUCUGGAAGACCAGAAUAUGUGCUUUCCGAAGAUUGAGGUGAUCUCGAGCUUGAGUGAUGACAGUGACCCUGAACUGGACUACAUGUCACUCCCUGUGCUGGAAAACCUGCCCACAGACACUCUGUCAAAUAUAUUUGCAGUCUCUAAAGACACCUCAAAGGCGGCUCGGGUGCCCUUCACAGACAUCUUUAAAAAAGAAGCUAAGAGGGACUUGGAAAUCCGAAAACAAGACACCAAGUCCCCAAGACCCCUGAUCCAGGAGCUCAGCGACGAGGACCCCUCUGGCCAGACACUGAUGCCCCCCACCUGCCAAAGAGAUGCUGCACCACUCACUUCCAGUGGAGACAGGGACACCGACUUCCUUGCAGCCUCUUCUCCGGUGCCGACUGAGAGCACCGCCACACCCCCAGAGAUGUGUGUCGGAGUUGCCCAGUCCAGCCAAGCUCUGCCCACGUGGGACCUCACUGCAUUCCCAGCACCGAAAGCAUCAUAGUUUUCCCCAGUUAUAUGUAGCAUAAAUGGUUUAAUUAUAAAUGUCUCCUUUAGGCAUGAUAAACAUUUUAACACCCA